UGGGAGCGCGAGGCGGAUCCGGGCCAGGUUCCAAAGCCGCUCGGCCCAACCGUCCGAGACUAGCAGCGCAGACACUAACCGCCGGCUUCUCAACACGCACCAGCACCACAGUGCCUGAAUACAAAUUCUUCCAAUCGGGGUUAAUCCACCGGCCCCCCGGAGGAAAGGGGGGAAGGUUCCGGAAGAACACGGAACAGCCUCCACUUGCUGGUUUGAUUGGAUGGCUCCGACGUCAAUUUGGGGCUGGUGUGAUUCGGAAGCAACGUUGACAAUUUUUUUCUGUGAAUGUGUGAUCGUUUCAUCGGGGAGCUCACCGAAUUUUUCACAUUUACAGUGAGAGGUAUUCUGUGCAGCACUGAAAAUGGGAAGGAAAGAUGCUGGUGCUUCUAAAAUCCCAAUUGAUCACUACCGGAAACAAAUAGGAAAACAAGAUUAUAAGAAAACAAAAUCAGUUUUAAGAGCAACAAGAUUGAAAGCAGAAGCCAAGAAAACAGCACCAGGAAUAAGGGAUGUGGCACUCAUUGUUGCAGCUAUAUUGAUUUUACUUGUGGCGAUUUAUGGUUUCUUUUACCUGAAACUCACCACAGAAGUAGACCUUGACCUGGAACCGCAUGAAAAUUCAGAAAUGUAAAGAGAUGUUCUCCUUUUGGGAAGCAUUGAUAACCACUCAAAUGGAAUUUGCUGAAGUAUUUUGGACCAUAAGGAGACUGAUGUGACUUUUUACCGUGCAUUUGCUAAGAAUUCCAAAACAUGAACAAUUUUACAUCAAUUUCACAUCCCUUUGUUCAUGAGAUCAUAGAGUCUGUGCAGCUCACAAGUCUGCAUCUUAAAGUAAGACAUAUUUAAUUGGUAAUUCUUCUUUGAAAAUUCGGUUUAAUAAUACAGUUGAGUAUUUGAGCCAUGUGGGCCAGAAAUGUUCCACAUUGAAUCUGUAAUGCAUGCUAACUUACAUUAUACAACUGUUUCUUUGCUGCAAUUGGUCACACCCCUUUCAUUUAGGACAGACCAUAUUACCUCUUCUUGCUGGUUAAAGAUCGUAUGUGAGUACUGGCUAAGGAUGUGGUUCAUCUUGGUUAUAAGAAUAUCUUGAAUAAGUUGCCAAGGGCCCCUGUCCUGGCUCGCAAGUGACUCUGGAUUUAAUGGGGUGGCAGGGUCCCAGCCUGUACACCAUAAAAUCAAGGAUGGACUCUGGCGGCUUGCCCCAUUGUUUUUUAACAUUCAGAGGGGUGUUAAUUGCCUUGAGGCAAGAUUACCUUCCCUAUGUGUGUUGAGAAUUCCUCCUUUGAGAGCUCCCAAACAAUCAAAAGUUGGCAAAACUAUGAUGUGACAAGGACAGGCAGAUAGGCCAUGGGAUUCACAGCACUCACAGUAUCUUGUAGAACCCUCUGAAUUUCAAAUGUACAGAGCUCAAAAAAACAGCACUUGAAGAAUAAGCACUUGAACAAUGUAUUAAAAAUUAACGAAUAACUUUAGAGUUUUAGAACAUCAUUGCUUGUGGAACAGGAGAGAUGCAAAUUUGUAGAAAAAGAGGAAAAUUAUAUUUGUAAAUUGAUUGAAUCAAAUAUACCAUGGAUCCAAUUUGUAAAUAUGAUAUUUUGUUAAAAAUGAAACCGCACCACCUACCAGACAACUGUACAAGAAUCAAUAAAAAUACAAUUACAGUGUCAGCAUGAGGAUGGACAAGUGAGAGCAAAUACAGUUCAACAGUACAGGAAUCAAUUAAUAAUGGUGCUAUCAACUCAGUACGUAAUUUAGGUUUAAAAUGGGGAAGCAAGCAAUGAUUCUGGGAAUUCUUUUAAAUUAAUAGACCGGAAUGUUUAGUGGUAUACUGCCAAAAUAAUCACAUAUGAAACCCUCUUCUCAACACUAAGAUUAAUUGUAAUUGUACAUAGACAUAGAUACAUGUUGAAAGAGCAGCAUUACAACAAAUCAAUAAAUUGUAGCAUAGAUGAAGCAUUGUAUUGUUUACAUGGAAAAUAUUUUUCUAUAUUUUUAUUCUCUUUAAACAAAUGUGUUUUUAACUUUUUUCCUAAACUUAAUAUCUUGACAAUUGAUAAAAAUAAUAUGGUAAUAAGUUAGCAAAUGUAUUUCUUUGUAUGUUUUGCAACAUUACUGUCACGUACUUUAAGUAAAUUAUAUGAAAGUCUUUCUUGCAUUUGUUGCUAAUGUAUGUGCAUGUGGUCUAUUAAGGUGAUUAAAAAGUAUUAUAAAGCUAAA